CAGAGCAAGCAGUGAGUAAACCUUGCAGUCUCAAGUGUGUCAAAACAGACAGGAACGUAGAGGAAUGCAGGGAUUGACGUCAAGAGCUGCAGUAAUGAACUAUUCAAAAUCUUUGGAAGGUCUGCUGGUGUUUUCUACAGCCGCCACACUGCUAACUAAGUGGAAUUUUCUCUGAAAGGCUUUUUUAUGUACUCUCCUUUUCCCAUGUUUUAGAGUUAACAGUCAUUGCUCUAAUUGUUAUACUGCAGCCCCAUACUUUGCCUUAAAAAUCUGUCUUCAACAUAACCAUCCUGUCCACAUAGGUUUUGACUUUUUGAUAGAUUGAAAAAGCAACAUGGCAUCCCCGCAACAUCAACAACUGCUGCCUCACAACACAGAAGUAAACUGUGACUCAAGUGGAGAUGGAGGCGUCUCAGUGCGGAUUGGCAGUAGUGUCAAACACAAGCAUGUAGGCGGACCGCUGGGUUCAAUCGGGGGAGGCUUCAUGGGGGGAUCCAAGCACUGCAAGUACAGCAUUUCCUCCAGCUGCAGCUCUGGGGAGUCUGGAGCCAGGAGGCCGGUGGUCAAGAGCUUUCGUUCACAGAAGAAGAUGCCUCAGCUUUUUGAGAGAUCUGCGGGUCAUUUCUGGGACCCAAAAUUUGACUCUUCGAUCCUGGAGGAAGCCUGUAGAGAACGAUGCUUCCCUCAGACGCAGCGCCGCUUCCGUUAUGUGCUCUUUUACCUGAUUGCCGCUGCCCUCCUCUGGGGAUUGUAUUUUGCUGCCAACCCUACCCGCUGUGACAGGACUGCCUUUCUCCUUCCCACUGCGUCCUUCCUCCUCUUCUGCCUCCUUCUCUUCCUCUUAACUUUUACUAAGCUCUACUCUCGCUGCUACAACCAAGCAUCUCUGCUGCUCAUCAUUGUAACCUUCACCCUGACCCUGGCCCCUCAGAUCCAGACAUCAAGUUUUAGAGAUCCGGAGAGUCCCACACCUGCACUUGAUGUGGAGGAGUUCAGUGGCAUGGGACCCACAUACAACCUGUCCUAUGACAAGCUUGUGGGAGGUAGCACCUGGUCCCUUUGUCUGUCUCCUGUAGGCACAUUCUCCCUCUGCAUUGAAGUUCUUCUGUUGCUUUACAGCGUUCUCCAUAUUCGUCUCUAUGCUUCUGUCCUGCUCGGGUUUCUCUACUCUGUCUUUUUUGAGAGUUUGGGCUGGCUGCACCUGACUCAGGCAGGGGAUAACUGGAGCAUAGCCUCUCAAUCAGACUGGGAUACAUUGUGUUGGCUUGGCCCAGCUAAAGCUCUGCUCCACCUCUGUGCCCACGCCAUUGGCAUCCACCUCUUCAUCAUGUCAGAGGUGCGGUCACGCAGCACCUUCCUUAAAGUGGGACAAGCUAUCAUGCAUGGCAAAGAUCUGGAGGUGGAGAAAGCCUUGAAGGAGCGAAUGAUCCACUCCGUCAUGCCCAGAAUCGUUGCAGAUGAACUGAUGAAGCAGGGUGACGAGGAGAUAGGGGAUGGUUCUGUUAAAAGAUACUCCACCAGCGGUGCGGCAGCUGCCAUCUCUAGCCCGAAAAACAAUAAACGCAAGAAAACCUCCAUCCCUCGAGGCCAGAUUAUCUUUAGACCCUUCAACAUGAAACGCAUGGAGCCUGUUAGUAUUCUCUUUGCAGACAUUGUGGGUUUCACAAAAAUGUCUGCUAACAAAUCUGCUCAUGCCCUUGUUGGGCUUCUUAAUGACUUAUUUGGACGUUUUGAUCGGCUUUGUGAGCUCACUGGCUGUGAAAAGAUCAGUACUCUGGGAGACUGUUACUAUUGUGUGGCUGGUUGCCCUGAACCCAGACCAGACCACGCCUAUUGCUGCGUGGAGAUGGGCCUGGGCAUGAUCCAGGCUAUUGAACAGUUCUGCCAGGAGAAGAGGGAGAUGGUCAACAUGAGGGUGGGUGUCCACACUGGCACUGUACUGUGUGGCAUCCUGGGCAUGAAACGCUUCAAGUUUGAUGUUUGGUCAAAUGAUGUCAACCUGGCCAAUCUAAUGGAGCAGCUGGGGGUGGCUGGGAAGGUCCAUCUAUCAGAGGCGACUGCAAACUUUCUGGAUGACCGCUACCAACAUGAAGACGGACAAGUCAUUGAGAGAAUAGGACAGAGUGUGGUGGCUGAUCAGCUUAAAGGCCUGAAGACCUACCUGAUCUCUGGCAGAAAGGCAGAGGCUCACUCCCUCUGUAGCUGCUCUCAGUUAGUGCUGGCGGGGCCUGAGCAAACGGAUCCUCGGUGCCCAACUUCCCGGGUGCACACACCUGAUGGAGCUCCGUCAGCCUGCACCCUGCCUCCAGAGAGUGCAAAGUCUCCUUGCAUAUCCUGCAGUGUGGGCCUGAUACCAGGGGAGGAUCAGGUUCAGGAGGAAGGAGCGGUGCACAAUGGCUGUCAUGACGACCGCAAGACCAACAGCAGCAAGGACUCUUCAAAUCUAAAGUGUUCCCCAGCGGUUUCUUCAGGGCGCAGCCCUAAGGCUCUGAAUGGCUUGCUCAGUCCUCAGCUGGAAGCUCUGAAAAACAGCCAGACAUCACUGUGUGAGAUGCUGCAGGAGAAGGAGAAGAAGACGUGGAGUGGAGGAGUCAUGGGCAUGGACCACUCGGCACUCAUCCCCCUGCGCUCCAAGAACUUCAGGGAGAGGAGUGACGCUCACUUUGUGGAUGUCAUUAAAGAGGACAGCCUUAUGAAGGACUAUUUCUACAGACCUCCCAUAAAUAAGCUGAGCCUCACCUUCCUGGAGAGGAGCCUCGAGUCUGCUUACCGGAUAAGCUACCAGGAGGAGGUGGAAACCCAAGCAGUGGUGCAAACUUUUGCCAGUCCAACGUUCAGUUCCUUCCUGGACAUGCUGCUGUGCUGUUCUGUAUUUCUGGCUCUCUCACUGGCCUGUUUCCUUCGACCGCUCGUCACCCAGCAGAGUUUGUCCACACCAGCGCUCAUUCUGACAGCUGUAGCCGCCCUGUUGGAGGCACUGGCUCUGCUGUUUGCUAUACGUAUGGCUUUCUACCUGGACAGUGUGCUGAACUGCACGCGGGUGCUGAUGAGAGCGGUGUCAGGCUGGGUAGCGCGUCACUUUAUAGGAGCAGUCCUGGUGUCCCUGCCCUCUGUGGCUGUCUUCUCCCAUGUUUCCUGUGACAUGCAUCUCUCCAUCCAGUUCACCAUGUUCAUCUGCUGUGCUGUCAUCAUAGCUAUCAUUCAGUACUGUAACUUCUGCCAACUCAGCUACUGGAUGCGCUCAAUUCUUGCAGCAUUAGUGGGCCUAGCAAUGCUUACCUUGCUCUUCAGCUCCCCCUGCAGUGUUGCCAAAAGUCUGUUUUUCUGGUCAGAUGGCCAAAACAAUAACAGCUACAGCAAUAGCUCCAUCAUCAUAUCUGACAGCCCAGUAGACCCAGACCCACAGGACCUGCUGGGCCCUGAGGCCUGCGUGGCCUUUUUCCUGGUCCUACUCCUGAUCCUGUUCCUUAACCGUGAAUUUGAGGUCAGUCACCGCCUGCAUUACCAUGGCAACGUGGAGGCGGAUCAACACCGCAUCAAGAUCCAGAACAUGAGGGACCAGGCUGACUGGCUGCUCCGCAACAUCAUCCCCAUUCAUGUGGCCGAGCAGCUGAAGGUCACCCAGAGCUACUCCAAGAACCACGACAAUGUGGGCGUGAUAUUUGCCAGCAUCGUUAACUUCAGUGAGUUUUACGAGGAGAGCUAUGAGGGAGGCAAGGAGUGCUACCGUGUCCUCAACGAGCUCAUUGGAGACUUUGACGAGCUGUUACGGAAGCCUGCUUUCUCCAAUAUGGAAAAGAUCAAGACCAUUGGUGCCACAUACAUGGCGGCAGCGGGACUCAACGCACAGCAGUGUGCAGACGCGUCACAUCCUCAUGCACACCUCCGCGCUCUUUUUGAAUUCGCCCUCGAAAUGAUGCGAGUCGUGGACGACUUCAACAAGAACAUGCUGGGCUUUGGAUUCAAGCUUCGCAUUGGAUUCAAUCACGGGCCUCUAACAGCAGGGGUGAUUGGCACCACUAAGCUUCUCUAUGAUAUCUGGGGUGACACAGUCAACAUCGCCAGUCGCAUGGAUACUACGGGUGUGGAGUGUCGCGUCCAGGUCAGCGAGGAGAGCUAUUGUGUUCUCAGUGGCAUGGAUUAUGAGUUUGAUUAUCGUGGCACAGUUAACGUCAAAGGUAAAGGUCAGAUGAAGACCUUCCUUUACCCGAAGAGCAGUGACAGUGGCCCUGUGCCCCAGUACCAGCUCUCAGUCUCGCCAGAGAUCCGGGCACAGGUGGAUGGUAGCAUCGGGCGCUCGCCCACUGAUGAAAUCGCCAGCAUGGUGCCCACUACCAGCAUAACUACAAGCAGCACCAAUACUAUGGUACCCAGUGCCAGCGUUGGUUCCGCUACUACCACAGGGCUUAGCCAUGGGAAAGAGGCGGACAGCCGUGAAAGACGUCCCUCUACAGGUACCUCUCAUGCCAGGCGAUCUGUGUCUCACAGUGGCAUGACAUCAAUACCUGUUACCAACCUAGAAGGACGUCCUUCUUCUGCAAAUAACAAACAGCUCAUCUCAUCCUCCGUCCAGCAAAAUACACCCCAAAAUUCUACAACAGUGUCCCAGAAAGACAUCAAGAAGGACAAAUGCGAUGAUGAUUGUGAGAGUAAUGUUGGCGAGUUCACCAGACUUUAAGAAUUUGCAACAACAGCGCUUUUAUCCAAACUCCUCAACCCUUUAAGCUCUUGUUCCUGCCAGUUGGCAUUUGUAGAAUCGCUGUACAUUUGGUCCUAGAAUCAGAGAGAAAGACCCACAGGCCUCUUCUCUGCAUCAGCAGAGCAGCAGGUUGUUUUGAGUGUGAUCUGAUUGGCUGAUAUUAUCAGUGGAGGAACCACAAAGUAGGCAGGAACGCUCAGAGGAAAUGGGAAGAUGCUGAGGGCUGACUCUGAGCCUCCUCUUGUCUGCUACAGAUCCCAUCGUCUCCCAUUAAAUUGCUUGAUUAUCUUUACACCUUUAAUCUAAAUAAUUUCUUUCAUAUGUCUUUUAAGUGCCUUUAGAGUAGAAUAAUGUGUAGACUAAGCCUUUUUGAGUAAGGGAGGAAUAACAUAAAGGGAAAACUGUAAAUAAGCAAACUUUUUGAGAAAAAAAUGCUUUGCUUUUGUUACAACUUUACUUUGUGAACUAUGCUUUGCUAUGAUAUUUUGCCUUUUAUCAAAGAAGAGCUCACCUUACAUACGGAAAGUGCUACAGUGAGAAGAGAAUCAAAAUGUGUGUCAAGUGAUGGGUUUGAGACGUCACUCCAAGAUAUGUAUAUUAGUAAAAUCUGCACUAGAGGGCUGCAGAGCCUUUAAUGAAAACACCUCAUGAAAGCCACAGCAGAGACUAAUCAAUACAGGCUAAGGGCAGACAGGGCCAAGCUGUUGAAUGAGUGUACUUGCAUGCAUACAAUAUGUGUGUGUGUGUGUAUGUGUGUGUGUGUGUGUGUGUGCGUGUGUGUGUGCGUGUGCAGUAACUCAUGCUGGGUUUAAUGAGAAGAGGUGCCUAUGAGUUAUUCAUCUGACUUGGUGAAACUGCAGGGUGAUGACAAACAGUUUAGGAACGCAGACGAGAAAAGGAAAAAUCUUGGUUGCUGAUGUGGCAGCUGUUUCUCUGGCCUCGGUUAAGAUCUCUAAGUACUGAGGUACGACCGUCUCAGCUACAUCUAAUCACCCCUCUUGCAGUAACAGCAUCAUAGACGAGGUAAACCGUUACUCGUGUUCGUGCCCUCCCCUGAUCCAGGCUCGUAUUUGAACCCACGCUGUGUUAAGUGUUGAUGAGUAUUUCAGCGGAUCUGAUGAGGCACUGCUGUACCUGUAGUGUCUCGACAGUAGAGCGAUUAGAGAAAAAACUGCCUAUAGGUUUUGCUAUGGAUUACACUGUGUGUUAGUUGAUAGUGCUUUUGAGACAUGGAUAAUCAAAGUGGGAUGUCACAAAUCAGAAUUGUGUUUUAAUGUAUUUAUUGUUGCACAAAACUUGAACUGUUCACGUGAAGCUCCCCUCUCUAAUUUCUAUGAUUUGAAAGACGUUACUAGGUGGAAACAGCUGGGUGCAUUCACUGCUUUAUACUUUCAAUGGCAUGAAACUUAAUGUAAUAACACUGUAAAUGCAAAAAGGCAGUGCAACAAAUGUAUUCCGUAUUAAUCCCUAGGUGUUUUUUACUCUUUCUUUUUGACUCCAUUGAUUUCACGCUAUUACGUCAGAUCACUAAGGAAAUCAAACUGAUUAGACUGUACAUCUCUGUUGCUGUAACAUUUUCUUUCUGUCACUGUUUCUUAGCAAAAAAAGGAUUGUGUGCUCAGAGGCAAAAAAACACCUUUUUACCAUGGAAUGCACUACAGUGUCUUCAGUUUAAAGGUCCAGUGUGUAGGAUUUUGGGGGAUAUAUUGACAGAUAUGAAAUAUAUAGUAAAUAUGUCUUUUUUUUAUCGCCGUUACUUUAGAAUGAGCUGUUUAUAUAUACAUAGAGAGAGUUGGUCCUCAUCCACAGAGAUAACCAUGUUGUAUCGCCAUGUUUCUACAGUAGACCAGAACUGACAAACCAAACACUGACUCUGCAGGGCCGCUCGUGUUGUUGUGUGGCCACCAUAGUCAGCAGAUUUUGAAUGUGGGACUUCUUUAUUCAGUGU